GGGAGCUCCCAGCCACUGAGCUGUGUCGUGAGAAGCCAGGAGAAAAAGGUUUCCUGUCAUUGCGCGUUCAGAGAGAGACACAGGUGUACAAAUAGCGACCUGACACCUGACCUGAAGCCAGAGGAACCCGGCUGACAGCCAGCAGACCAGACCUGCCAUGUGCAGCCCCAGUGAGUGCGACCUGGAAGAUAUCCCCCUGGAGGAUGACGACCCAAACAGCAUCGAGUCCAAAAUCCUGGCCUUCUAUGCCAGACACCAUGUCUUCAAAAGCCCCUCAGCUGUCUUCUCACCCAAGCUCUCCAGAGCAAGAAGUUUGUCCCAGAAAGCACUUUUGACUUGGUCAACUGAUUCAUGGACACAGGGGGUGUCAGCGCCUUGCAGAGGCUCCCCCUCCAGUGAAAAGCACAUAAGCCUUGGCAAGAAGAAGUCUUCUUGGAGAACAUUCUUCAGAGCAGCGGAGAAGGAGGAAGGCCCACCGAGCUCCCCAAAGGAGGUCCGUACUCAAGGUGUUCAUAGCCCCUUCGCAGUAGAGCAUCAGAGCGGCUUCCACAGCCAGCACUGGACCAGGUCUCUUUCCAGUGUGGAGCAGCGCCUGGAGAGUGAAGCUGUAGACCCCAAAGUUGCUUGUAUCGCUAACCGCGUGGCUGAAAUCGUGUACUCCUGGCCGCCACCAGAAGAUUACUUCAACCAGGGAAGCAGCUUCAAGUUCAAAGAGAGUGCCCCAGAGCGCCUGCACUUUCAAUUUGAAGGUGCUCAGUCCAGAGCGAGCGAUUCAAAGAAAGACGGAGAGGAUCAAGUAAUAAACAAAAUUGUCGAGCUGCUGAAAUACUCAGGGGACCAGCUGGGAAGAGAGAUGAAGAAAGACAAGGCUUUGAUGAGUAGCUUCCAGGAUGGGCUGUCCUACUCAGUGUUCAAGACUAUCACAGACCUGUUCCUGAGGGAUGUAGACACCAGAGGAGAAUCAGAAGUCAAAGCACAAGGCUUUAAAGCUGCCCUCGCAAUAGACGCCAUCGCCAAGCUCACAGCCAUCGACAACCACCCAAUGAAUAGGAUGCUGGGCUUUGGCACCAAGUACCUAAAAGAGUACUUCUCCCCCUGGGUGCAGCAGAAUGGUGGAUGGGAAAAAAUACUUGGGAUAUCACAUGAAGAAGUCGACUGAAACAUCCAAAGAUCUGUCAUCUGGAAGGUUCCUUGUCCAACGAUGGUCCUGUGCCCACUGCUCUCGGCAUAGACUUCAGGAGAAAAUUAAAAUGUAUGCAGCAGAUGGAGCCCAAAUUUUCUAGAACCAUCCUUCCCUUUGACUCAAGAGGCAUCGGGAGAGGCCUUGCUCUUUCUAGCUCUUAGGACUCAGUAGCAUGGACUUUGUGUUGAGGUUAUUUGACUAUGAGGGAGUCCAUAAAGAUAAGUGAUCGCUUUACCUGUACAUGUUGAGAAUGGAAACCAUCCCAUUUGGUUACAGAGAAAGUGGUCCAUUUGGCCGUAUCUGUUGAGAAGAAAUGAUAAACAGCGCGUGUGCUUA